UAGGUAUAUAACUCAGUAUAUAUAAUCUAUGCAAAGUCACUUGAAGCUUCUCUGGCAAGGAAUGUCUGUCUCGUGCACAGACCGGAAGCGCUAGGCUAGGCCUACAUUUUUUGCUGGAGUUGCUACUUACCUACCUAUCUAGGUAUGCUUUGGAAGAAAUUCUAAUGUAGAAUAUUGUGCCAAUACUAGAAUUCUUGAUGCUCAUUGAAACUAUGGGAAGGCACAUUUCCUGUUAUGAUAUUCAGAAUCAUUCCCAUUGAGAUGAACAUCUACUGAUUCAUUGAUUGAGUCAUGUGGAAUUGUAAAAUCAAUAUUCAACAAGGACUGAUUCAAGAAAGUCGCCCCAAGUUGAACACCUUCUGGAAGUAUGCCAAAGUGGAACUUUCUCCACCAACUCCCGCAGACAUUCCCCAAAUCAGAGCUGGUAUUGGCAGAUUAAUCAGCGGUGCUAAAAAUGGGACUUGGAAAAAUCUAACCGUUAAAGAAGCUUGGCUGAAUACGCUCGUUGGAGUAGAAGUCUUAUGCUGGUUCUAUGUUGGAGAAUGCAUAGGGAAACGCCACAUUGUAGGAUAUGAUGUUUAGAUGAGUUAGGAACGAUUUAUUUAAUUUUUAUGCAGUACUACAACUCCAUUCUGUAGAUUUCAAAUUCUGGGGUCAUCUCAAUAAACAAUUUAUGUAGUCAAAA